AUGCAAGAAUCCCGCCAACCUGCAACCUCCCAAGAUAUGCCCGGAAUCAAACGUCAACACGAUGGUACUUCCAAGGAGAAGCUGGAGCAGAAGGAGGGGAAGUCAGAAGAGAAGAUUGUAGGAGGCUCAAUAAGUCCCUUCAUGCCUAUGUUUGAGGGCUUCAGAGCCGAAUUGGAUGAGCAUCAUGAUCGUCGCGAGAGGAUUAUUAAGGCGGGGAGGGAUAUCACGGCGGGGAGUAAAAAGAUAAUUUUUGCGCUGCAGAGGGCACAAAAACUCCAUCACCCGUUACCCCAAAAGAUAGCCAAAGAAACUCAAGAAAGACUCAACACAAUCAAUGGUCUUUACGCCAGUAUAUCACCUGAUCUCACGGGUAUUAACUCCUGGCGCUAUCAAAGACAAAUCUCCGGAGGUAUCCAAGAAUACAUGGAAGCGGUAUCAUUCUCCCACUACCUACUUCAGCAAUCUUUGAUCCCCCUCUCCACUGCCCAAUCCUCUUUACCCGAAGGUAUAAACCUCACAGGCGAUGACUACGUCCUCGGAAUUUUCGACGUAGUAGGCGAGAUGAUGAGAUUCGCUAUUACGAGAAUGGCGACAGAUGGUGAAUUACCCGGAAAAGACGAGAGGACAAUCCUGACGGACUUGAGGGAUAUCCGGAUGAGAUUUGAGGAGUUGGAUACGACAAGGUGUGGGAACAUAGGAUUAGGCAAGGAUGUGGAGAAGAAGAUGGAGGUUAUGAGGACUUGUGUGGAGAAGGUUGAAACAGCGGUUUAUGGCAUGAUAGUCAGAGGUAGGGAGAGGCCUAAAGGUUGGGUUAUGGAUAUGCCAGAUGAGGGAAAGGGGGCAGUGGAGAGUUAUUGA